AUGGAAGGGUUGCUCCCUGAUAGGGCCACGAUAGACUCGUGGAAUGGUCUGGCGGACGCAGCUGUUUGGGGAGGUCUGGAGGCAGGCUUAGCACGGGCAGUGACACGACAGCUGGGAGAUGCUAGCCUGCAGUCGCUGCCAAUCCUGGCAGUGAUCCCGGCCGAAGUUUUCGAAGCUGCAUUGAGGAACGCCACACGUGGAGGCAGAGGACUUCACGAGACCGAAAAGGCCCAGUGGCGGCUAGUGAUGAGUGCCAUUAGAGUGAAGUAUGGUGCACCCUCAUUGUUCGCAACACCUUCGACCCACACACCGGACGUCCCUGCUAGCGGAGGCACGGCUACAGGGCUUAGUGGGUCGAAGUUGAAACUCAAGAUGAGUGUUGAUCAUGAAGUUGAAAUGUUGCCAGCAACUACGUUACAAAAGAUGAGGCCACAGUUUGUGUUGGCAGAGGGCGACAAUCCUUUGGAGAAGGAGGAAGUCACAGAUGCACAGUUGAACUGCCUAUACCACAAACUCCAGUCAGGACAGCCACCAUUCGUCGACAUGGGAGUUUGGGGAGCACAUGGUGGCAGGAUAGCACGCGCAAUGCGCUUCGUGUCCCAACAAUGGCGUGACGGUCAAUGGAAGGCCAUUGAGUUGCCUGGAGCUGCGAACCUCGAUGCGUGGGAGGAAGCAUGGAGGAUUUUCAGGACAGCAGCCAUCAUGCUACAACUGGCCACGGCAGCAACGCUGGACAGGUAUGCAGCAGAGUUCAGAACCAGAGUUAGAGUUCUGCAGCACCCGGAUGUUUGGCAUGUGGCGGCUCAAGCGGACAUCAGAUGCCGGACAGAAUUCUGGUCACAAGAAAAGAGAAAGCAGGAGGCCUUCCACGCCACCCAUCCUCCACUGUCGGCAUUCAUCCCUGAGCAGCCGUGGAACUCAGUGAUCAGAGCCAGUGCAUCACACUCAGAAUUCUGGUCGAGGGAGUUUGAGAAGCCCGCAAUGCUCUAUAACAUGGCCCCCCAGCCACUGGCAACUGAUUUUGCAGAGAUGCUGGAACAACUGUUUUGCGGGAAUCCGUCUCCAGUUGUGAAACCCGAUGUUUUAGACGAACGCCCGUGGACCAUAGAGGAACUACAAGUUGCAAUUAAACGGAUGAAAUGCAAACGCGGAGCCGAUGAAGCAGGACUGGUUGCCGAAUUUUUGAAGCAUGCCCCUCAGGAACUUUUGGUGGCAUUGUUGCGUUUGUAUAAUGACAUUUUGACUGUGCACCACCAAGAUAUGCAGAUGAUCAAAGCAGAAUACGGCAAACUACUACGUACAAUUGUUGGGCCUCCUGGAGGGAUGUCUUGGGACCAAGAGUGGCACGAAAUUCUACAUUGCUGGAACGUGCGGGCUCAACGAUUUGCUGAUUCCUCCGGCAUUGUUGCUUGGCCGACACAUUAUGUGGCCCGCUUACCUGAUGACCGCUGGGCUCGACGAAUUUUGGACUGGCGCCGCCCGGGCCGCAGGAAGUUGGGACGACCGACCCGCACUUGGGAAAGCAAAUUCGAAGAGUUCUGUGGAGCGUGUGACUUGGGAGAUUGGAAGCCAGUUGCGGUCGAUGCGGUAUUUUGGAAGAAUAUGACAGAUGACUUCGUGUUCAAGACUUCAUUGGCUGCAGAAUGCCCUCAAGGGUUUUGCAUUGAGUUGGCUAGAGCAUAUGUUCGAGAGCUGAAGAUCGCAAAGCAGAGGCCUGAGAAACCCUUGGCAGUCGAUGCAGGCAUUGCCGAAGUGGAGAGCAGUUGGCAACGUGCUUUGGAGGAUCCUUCAAGCCAGCUUGGGCCAGAGCGGGAGCUAACCUGGUUGAGACAGAAGGUAAGCCAUGUCUUGGGUUGCGGACCUCAUGAGCGUGGGCUCUGGGGUCCCUUGCUUGGGAAGUUGGUACUCCUGAGUGGCGACCCUGACAGUGAAGCGGCAAGCUGGCCGAGAAGAGGCACGCCCGUCGGGAUUGUCAAUGAGAUACCUGAAGGUGGCGUCUUCCCGAAGAUAGACGAGGACACCUUAUGGCUCGAAGGUGAUAGGCUGGAUUCGUUGGCAGAACUUGAUGGGGCAUUGAACAACUACAAGUCCUACGAGGAAGAACUCGAGGCGGCAGAUGCGUUGUUCCAGAAAGAAGUUGACAAGGGCUUUGUACAUUGGUCCAAGAGCAGAGCAGAGUUGGAGAAUAAGUUUGGUGCGUUGGUGCCGUCAGCCACCGGGUACAUCUCCAAGAUCAAGUUGGACGGACGGUCAAAGGCCGACCGGUGCAUGAUCUCAGACGCAGCACUAUUUCACACCAGCAGAUGCCGACUACAAAUCUUCGUGGGUGAUCCAUUGAUAGUUGCCCGAACCACAACAGAACAGUUGAACAGCAUUUUCAAUGUCGUGUUGCUUUGGUGGCUCACAUUGGGGUUGAAGGUGGCUUGGACCAAAGGAGCCAUUGGUGCAGAGGCUGAGUGGAUUGGAGCCAAGUUGACAGUCGAUGACCAGGCAGGCUUCGUGCGAGUGUCGGUGACAGCAGCGAAGGUCGAAGAAUGGAGAGCGCUCCUCCAAUGGCUGGACACAAGGCCGCUGGUGGGAAAGAAGAUCCUUCAGCAGUUUACUGGCAAAAUGUCUUGGGCAGCAGGCUUCAUCCCACAACUGAAGCCGUUCGUCAGAAUGCUCUAUGUGUUCACCCUCCAAUGGACAGCAGACGAUGAAAAGAAGACUGGCGCCGUGGGAAGCUUACAUGAUGCUCAGGAGCCUAGUGACCUGAGAUGCAUUCCAGGUGAGCAGGGCUUCAUCAGAUCAGGGGUGACGCCCAAGGUGACAAAAGAAGUGGCACUACACCUCGCUGUCCACUUCGCCUCACUAGAGGCGUUGCAUUUGUGGAGCGAGCAGAACGAUUGGGCAGACGCCUUAUCCCGAGGCUGCAUCGUUGCCGAGAUGGGCAACAACAGUGCGCCAGGGAGACACCUGGGAGAGAGCACACCGUUCAGAAAGACCGAACCAGUGGUCAAGCCCUACGCCACGGGGAACCGAGCCAGGGCCCAAGAGGUGGCAGAAGAUCCAGAAGAGUUCAAGAGGGCGAUGGAAGAAUUCCAGAACGACAAGUUCGCGGCCUCGAAUCAGGCCACCCAUGGAGCUCGAGUGCAAUGGUGGACUCAUAGGGCAGCCAGCUUGGAUGUGGAACCCUUCCCUCUCACAGUCGCCACGAUUGACAUGGCAGGAGCGUUGUUGAAGGCGGGUCAAUAUAGGUCAGCGGCCCAAUACUUUGCUGCCUUGAAACGAGAGCACAUCCUGAACAGUCAUUCAUGGGGAGAUGACCUCACCCUGGCAGUCCGAGAUGCAAUCAGGUCCUGUGUGAGAGGCAUUGGAGCCGACAAGCAGUGCCCUGCCCUGGACCUGAGGAAGCUGGAGCACAUCAAAGAAGUCGAGGCGGUGGAAGGAGGCCCUGCCAAGACGGUCGAAACGGUCAUCCUCUUUGCCUUCUUCGCAUGUCGUGAGAUGGAAGCCGCCUUGAGGAAGGUGAAGCAUGUGCAGAUCGAGGACACAAACCGGGGAUGCGGGGUCGUGUCGGUGCUGCUGCAGGCAGCCACGGAAAACGGAAACGUGGAAGACGACCCUCUGAUAGUGACGGACAAGCCCAAGAAGACCCCCACGAAGCAAGGCAUGGUGAAGGCUUUCAGACGAGUGGCUGUGGCCUUAGGACUCACAGAAGAAGAAGCGCAGGAAAUCACUGGGCACAUCCUACGACCAAUGGGCGCUCAGCUCAUGGCCAGAAAGGGAAUUGAGUUCUAUAAGAUUCAGCUCUUCUGCAGGUGGGGCAGUGAUGUGAUCCUGAAAUACCUGCGGGAAGCCCUGGAGAUGCCGAAUGGGCAUCCGAAGUCGACGAAGAUGGUAAAGGCAAUCCAGAACGCGUUGGAGACGCAGAGCACACAAGUUCUCCAAGAAGCCAACCAGACCAAGCAAGAGAUCGACAAGAUCUUGGAAGAGCUGAGGGCGAAGUCGUUGGCCAUGAAUGAGAAGUGGACGGAAGAACUGUCUAGAAAGUUCUUGCCCAAAUUUCUGUUGAACACACACAGCCAGACGUUUCACGCUGUGAAAGAUGCAUUCACCACCGGUUGCGGAUUCGAGUGCAGGAACUCCCGCGAUUUCAAGUUUUCUCAUGAACCACCAAACCCUGAUUCCGAGAGCUUUCACAUGUGCGAGAAGGCAGGGUGCAUCAAGCUCUUUGAAGUGGUGGCCAAGGCACUGUGA